GCUCACCCGCUGUAAGAGAAGCGGACUGAUGACCGUCUUUUGUUCUCCACCAACAUCCCUCGUCUUCACAUGUCAGAGACUGACAGCCCCGUGACAACCAUGAUUCGUGCCUGGAACACCGCAAUACCCCGGAGGAUGUCCACUCCUUGCCAUGUGGCCUUGUUGGCCCCAAGAUGGAUUCCGCGUUUUCUCAAAUCACCUGCCUCUCUCUCCCUUUCUGUCCCUCUGCUUUUCUCGUUGACCGUCUCGCAACUCGACCGUGUUCGGCUUCCGUCCAACUUCUUUCAGCCUUAUAGCUGAUUAUCUAUAUUCGCAAUUGGGGUACGCUUUAUCCUGCGUACGAGACGUCCAAUAUCAAUGCCAACGCCCCCGUUCCCCUGAGCCGGAUCCCCAACGCUACACCCACCAACGGCC